GAGCUUCCACGCCAGGUAUACCCGCCACUUCACCAGCCAACCGGGGGGAGCCCCCCCUCCCCCCUGAAGAGAUAUGCUCAUACUUUCAACAAGAUCCUAUUCAGCUCCUGGGUCGAUAUUUUGCUGGUGUUCGUACCCGUGGAGAUUGCGUGCGAUUCCGCCAAAACCAACCCUACAAUCGUGUUUGUUAUGAAUGCUAUUGCGAUCGUUCCACUGGGGCUAUUGAGCUAUGCAACCGGGAGCGUGGCUCAUUGUCUGGGCGAUACGCUGGGGGCCCUUCGGAAUGUUAGUUCCGGGAAUACCGUUGAGUUGAUUAUUUUGUGGGUAUCGUUUUAUUUGAGCAAUGAAAGUGGGCUAGGUGGGGAUUGGCCGGCUGCCAACAAUUGCGGUAGUUUGUAAGUUAGUUCAUAUACCGUCACUCAGGGGGUUGGUAGUAGUGCUUGAAGUAUAAGAGAGAGUUUAGGGAGUAGAGAGGGGAAUUGUUAACCGUUUUCUUGACUUGAUUAACUCCCUUCCUAUCACCAAAGUGGAUGACCGUUAUAUACCAUAGAAAACCCAAGCGACCAGAUACCAUCUGGUAGCUACAUUCCUUCCAAUCCAUACCAUACCAUCCCUCAUUCCAAUCUAACCCAUGACCAGAUGUCCAUCUGGUGGCUACAUUCUUUCCAAUCCAUACCAUUCCCCGUAUCUCCUCACAUACGUCUGAACUGCUUCUUGCAUGUGGUUAUCAGGAAGUCCCUAACAACCCCAGCGAUAUCGCAACAGUGCCAAUUGUGGUAGAAUUACCCUCGUCAAAAAUGAGAUUAGUAUCGUCCAGGCUUCGCUUAUCAGAUCGAUAUUGGCGAAUUUACUUUGAGUCUUGGAAUGUGUUUUCCCAUUGGGGGACUGGAGUAUCGGGAGCAGGUUUAUAACAGCAUCGCUACCCAGAUGUCGGCGUGCUUUCUCCGUCUUGCCGUUCUGAGUUUACUCUUACCAGUGAGUUCGUUUCAAUUUCCAUCACAUGCAGGGCCCCUACCGCUGCGCCGUAGGGUGCCUUCUGUGCUUCGUUCAGCAAUGCCGGGAGGGCAGACAGUGCUGUAAUAGGAGUGAGCAGAGGGACAUUUGUUGUUCUCCUGCUUGUCUAUAUCUUAUACCUACUCUUUUCAACCAAAACCUCACGUAUAUAUGUACCAGGCAACUACACAGCAUGUAAUUGAUGAAGAUCAAUUG